UGUGACGAGUGACGUGGCGUAGAGGAAGCUUCCCUACAUCUCGCGAUAUCUGAACGCGCAACGAGAUCUCUCUCUUUUUCCCCAAGAUCUUAACAAGAUGGCGGACGUUGAGCAGAAGAAGAAGAGGACCUUCAGGAAGUUCACAUACAGAGGAGUGGAUCUGGACCAGUUGCUGGAUAUGUCCUAUGAACAGAUCAUGCAGCUGUAUUGUGCCCGUCAGCGCCGGCGUUUGAACAGAGGUUUGCGCCGUAAGCAGAACUCCCUUCUGAAGCGUCUGCGAAAGGCCAAGAAGGAAGCCCCUCCCAUGGAGAAACCAGAAGUCAUCAAGACUCACUUGAGAGAUAUGAUUAUCUUGCCAGAAAUGGUUGGCAGCAUGGUGGGAGUGUACAAUGGCAAAUCCUUUAACCAAGUUGAAAUCAAGCCUGAGAUGAUUGGCCAUUACUUGGGCGAGUUUUCUAUCACUUACAAGCCUGUGAAACACGGCAGGCCCGGUAUUGGUGCCACCCACUCCUCUCGGUUCAUUCCACUGAAGUAAACUGCUGUCUAUGUAAAUAAAGGCUUUCCAGUCACUACUGUCGGAGUUUAA